GGCGGAAAUGUCUUCCAUACAGAUCAGGACUUUAAGCACUGUGUCUUAUUAUUUAUAUUAUUUAUUACUGUGUUAUGAUGCACUGAGAGGCUGUGAAUCAACAACUCUUUUCCUCUCCAGUUGUAUUUUCAUAUUUUAAAAGCAGAAUCAGUUCUUGCUGCAGACCUGCUCUGCUCAGCUGAUUUUCUGCUCGCGCGCAUGCGCAGUCCAGUCCUCGCUCAGAGUUUGUGCUGUGCAGACCUGCAGAAGCUCCAGAGAUGAAGACUCCACCUGACAGGUCAGGGAUCAUCUUUGAGGUCGGAGGUCAGCUGGAAGCUCGAGAUAGACAGAAGAACUG